CAGGAUCAUGGCUCGACGUACGGGCUUCAAAGAAGCCACUAUCACGCUACCAAUGGGUUUGCCCAGUGUCUCCCAUACCCAUCAAGCCAGCUGCAGUACCGAACGUAUGCCGCUUGAUUGACUCAAUCAAUCUGGACGGUUGCGAUGAUGCCAUGGACAUUGAUGAGAACGAAUCUCGUGCAGACACCGACGUGGACAUGGACAUCGACACAGACGACGAGCCAGAACCUAUGGAAGGCGUCGAAUACUCCGAGCACAUCGCUUCGAGAGCAUCAAUUAACUUUUUGUCUCGCCGUCCAUCUGCCCUCAGAAAUCAGAACUGUUCCAGGCUCAGGCCGUCGAGAACACCGGACCGCUUCGUACUCGAUAGAGGUCCCGAUGUGCAACCGCGAGAAAGAUUCAUGUUAUCCAGUCCGCCUCACGAGCUGACUGCCUAUGAGAGGUGGGAUCGUCGACAAUCUCAUAUUCAAGACUAUUUUGGCUGGAGAACCAAGAUACGCCGAGGCCCAGAGCUCACAAAGCCUCCGGCCACUUCUCGACCUUUCAGGACUCCGGGCUUGUUCAUGAGCAGCCGUGUCAAUCCUUUCGGCCCUGUCACUCUUGAAGGCCCUCGAGAGUUUAGUCAAGGUGCCGUAUGGAACGUGGGAGGCUCAUCUCCAGCCAGUCCUGAUGACGGUGUUCGAAGCACAAGCGAUGGUCGUGGUGGUCAAAUUACCAGUGGGACAAAUGCACCCAUGUUUCGUUCUGAUUUUCUCAAGAGUGUCCAUGAUGAGUCCGACCAUAUACAAAUACAUGGAAAGCGCUUGAGCGCAGCUAUGGAUCUCGACCAAGCCAGUAGGGUUCUGUACCAUGGCCAUGGUCUGCCCACUCCUGUGAGCUCACCUGACUCUGAUGCUGGUGGCGCUUUCAGCCCUAUCCUGUGGCGCGACACCGAGUGGACAAAACCCGGCUCCCCUUCACUGCAACGUACACGAUCCAGAAUCAAGAAGACAGUCCCAACCACUCCGUUCAGAGUCCUGGAUGCUCCGGCUCUUCGUGAUGAUUACUACUGUUCCCUAUUGGCGUAUUCGGACACAGCACAAUGUUUAGCAGUGGGCCUUGGAGCACAAAUAUACACAUGGUCCGAAACUCGAGGAGUCGAUAGUCCAGAGAGUCUGGGACCACCGGCAUCUGGACAUGUCACUUCACUCUCUUUUUCUUCAACGGAAGGUGGAAGAUCCAUCCUUGCCGUUGGAAGAUCUAAUGGAUGCCUCACGCUCUGGUCUUCAUCAGAGUUGGUCCCAAGGUUCAACCAUACUCAUCGAUCCUCGAUCUCAUGUGUCUGUUUCAGCCCUCGAACUUUCCGCAGAGCUUCUAUCUACCAUGCUGGAGCCAAGGUGCAGGUGGAGUAUCUUCUGGUCGGUGACGAAGCUGGACAUGUUUUCUUGUACUCGGUGGAGUGGCCAGACAAGAUCGAUGUGGACAUAUUUUCUUGGCCUGGCAGAAUGAUUGUGCUUGCUCGCUUUGAUCUUCACACACAGCAGAUCUGUGGUUUGGCUUGGAGUCCAGACGGUCAAUUCUUUGCUUCAGGCGGCAAUAACAAUGCGCUGUUCGUCUUUGAGACGCGACGAAUCCUGCAACCAGACGAUACGGUCGCACAACCCUUGAUCAUGGUUGCCAACGACUUUGUCUACUACUGGCCUUCGAGUCAAGAGGAAGCGUUUCGGAUCUUGCCAGGUCGAGAAACCCAUCGUUACAUGCUGAACGCAGCAGUCAAAGCAUUGGCAUUCUGUCCGUGGCAACCAUCUCUGUUGGCAGCAGGCGGAGGUAGCAAUGAUCGCUGCAUUCACUUCUACCACACUACGUCUGGAGCGAAGCUUGCAACCAUCGAUUGUUCGUCCCAGGUGACCAGUUUGGUCUGGAGCAAGACACGUCGUGAGAUUGCUGCCACGUUUGGUUUCACACAACCCGAUCAUCCUAUCCGUGUUGCCGUCUUCUCAUGGCCAGCAUGUGAAUGCAUCGUCCGCGUUCCUUAGUGCGGCGAGGAUCGCGCUCUUUGGGCCAUCGGAUACCCUGGUGGUCCUGACAGCUCUAGUGCUGGUCGUGAACCUGGCAAAUCAUCAGCAAGGGAAGGCACGCCAUGGUAUGCGAGAAGAACACGAGCGGAAGGUUGUCUGGUCG